GCGUGUGCCACCGGCCUGGCGCGCACUCGCCCCUCUUCCGCUAGCGGCGUCCUGUCCCAGGCUUGCUCCGCGGGAGGAAAAUGCGCUUUGCCAGCCGCUCACUUCCUUCCUGCCAGCCCUGCGAUCGCCUGUCUCCGCCUGCGUUGCCUCUGUCCGCCCCCCGGCGGGCCCCCAGGGAUGAAGUGAUUGAGAAGAAACAGUAAACAUCGUCAUCUUGUAGACAGGACAACAUGGAUCAGCCGUUAACUGUGAACUCCCUGAGAUUCAAAUUUGGCUCUGCAGAGAAAGUUAGCUGCGAUGCCAGACCACACGGAUGUCUCCCUCACUCCGGAAGAACGAGUCCGUGCCCUAAGCAAGCUGGGAGGAAACAUCACCAUCAACGAAGAUAUCACUCCACGCCGCUACUUUAGAUCUGGAGUAGAAAUGGAGAGGAUGGCGUCUGUGUAUUUGGAAGAAGGAAACCUGGAAAGUGCAUUUGUCCUUUAUAAUAAAUUUAUAACUUUGUUUGUAGAAAAGCUUCCCAACCAUCGAGAUUACCAGCAAUGUGCAGUACCCGAAAAGCAAGAUAUUAUGAAGAAACUGAAGGAGAUUGCAUUCCCAAGGACAGAUGAAUUGAAAAAGGACCUUUUAAAGAAAUAUAACGUAGAAUACCAAGAAUAUUUGCAAAGCAAAAACAAAUACAAAGCUGAAAUCCUCAAAAAACUGGAGCAUCAGAGGUUGAUCGAGGCGGAAAGGAAGAGGAUCGCCCAGAUGCGUCAGCAGCAGCUGGAGUCAGAGCAGUUUUCGAUUUUUGAAGAUCAGCUCAAGAAGCAGGAAUUAGCCCGGAGUCAGGAAUUAGCCCGGAGUCAGCUGCGAAGCCAGGAAACCCCGGCACUGUCAGAGCAGAUCGAUGGCAGUGCUUUCUCUUGCUUUUCCACACGCCAGAACAAUUCCUUGCUGAAUGUACUUGCAGAUCAGUCUAAUAAAAGUGAUGCAACCAGUUGUGCUGGCCACUCACCUCCCGUCAACAGGGCCUUAAAGCCAGCUGCGACUUUAAAUGCUGUUCAGAAUUUAGUGGUUGAAGGACUGAGAUGCGUCGUUUUAUCAAGAGAUCUUUGCCACAGAUUUCUGCUGCUGGCAGAAUCCAAUACAGUGAGGGGAAUAGAAACCUGUGGAAUACUCUGUGGGAAGCUGACACAUAAUGAAUUUACUAUUACCCAUCUAAUAGUGCCAAAGCAGUCUGCGGGCCCAGACUAUUGUGACGUGGAGAAUGUGGAAGAAUUAUUCAGUGUUCAGGAUCAACAUGAUCUCCUCACUCUGGGGUGGAUCCAUACACAUCCAACCCAAACAGCAUUCUUAUCCAGUGUUGAUCUCCACACUCACUGUUCCUAUCAGCUCAUGUUGCCAGAGGCCAUUGCCAUCGUCUGUUCACCAAAGCAUAAAGACACCGGCAUCUUCAGGCUCACUGACGCUGGCAUGCUUGAGGUUUCUGCUUGUAAAAAGAAGGGCUUUCAUCCACACACCAAGGACCCCAGGCUGUUCAGUGUAUGCAGACAUGUGUUGGUGAAAGACAUGAAGAUAAUUGUGCUGGAUCUGAGGUGAUAACGUUCAGAAUAUUAGCACCCUCCAUGCCAGACACUUAUCCAUGGACCCGUGGUUGCCGGAUUUUCUUAAGAUGUUUCCAGAAAUGACUGAUAUUUUAUAUUUAUACAUUUUAGAUCAGAGAGUUUGAUAUUUAUUACUUUUGCACAUUUUGACGCUUUAUUUUUGGGUUGCUUUGUCUUAAAAGAGGUUACAGUGGAGUUGUCAGUACCUAUUAAUGUGCCUGAAUACUAUGACCACAUAAUAAAUUGUGCUGCAAACAA